AUGGAGGAUACUCUUGAGGAACUAAAGCUCCAAGCUCCAACUGCCGAUGCAUAUGAUAACCUAACUAAGGUUAUCACUUUCAGUUUUCAAAAAGGUUUUGAGAAGCUCAGAGAUCUCAAUGAGAAAGUAGAACUUACACCGAACGUAGGUCCUUUUGAUUCAAGAUGGGGAGAAGAAGGUGUUAGUGAUUGGAACCAAGAAUACAAGCUCUUAGAUGAAAGCACGAAUGAAGAUAUAGCUACAAUGAAAAAGGAGUGUAAAUGCAAGGAAACUGAAAAGAUUAACCGGACGAAUCCACUAGAACAAACAAAGGGCUUUUCUCAAGCACAAAUCGAUCAAGCAAUCCAAGAAACUUUAAUUGUUGAACAGAUUGAAGAGAACCCAAAUCCUCUCCUUGGGAUAUCUUAUUGGUAUAUGAAAGGACGUCUCUUCGAUUAUCACUUUGCUACUUACAACACCUUCAACAUUCCUUCCCCGAACUUAGAGGAACUAUAUCUUCCGUUAUCGCAGCAUGAAAGACAUUAA